AUGGGUCAAGGUCAGUCUUCCUCCCGCCAGGGUGCACCAGAUGAACCGCGCGAUGCUUUCGAGAGAGACUUUUACGCGAUUCUAGAGGUGGAACGGACGGCUACGGCGGAGGAGAUAAAAAAAGCAUAUCGACGAAAGGCGUUGGAACUACACCCGGACAAGAACUAUGGGAACGUCGAGGAGGCCACAGCGCUCUUUGCAGAGGUGCAGUCAGCGUAUGAGAUCUUAUCAGACCCCCAAGAACGCGCCUGGUAUGACUCGCAUAAGGAUGCAGGCAGCGGUGAUACCGGUGCGCAAGGGCCGGAGAACUCGAGGUUCACGGCGGCCGCUGAUGUCAUGUCGCUCAUCAUGAAGUUCAACCCUCGCAUGGAGUUCUCUGACGCACCCUCGGGCUUCUUCGGUGGGCUCAACGACACAUUCAACCGGCUCGCGAGCGAAGAGCUGGUCGCAUGCCGGUGGGAUGAUUUAGAACCCGUCCACUACCCCUCCUUUGGCCGCAAGGACGAUCCCCCUGAUUCCGUCCGCAGAUUCUACUCUGCAUGGAGCAGCUUUGCCACAAAAAAGUCCUACGCGUGGAAGGAUCUGUACAAGUACUCCGAGGCCCCUGACCGCCGCGUGCGCCGGCUGAUGGAGAAGGAAAACAGACGUCUACGCGAAGAUGGCAUUCGGGGCUUCAACGACGCAGUCCGCUCGCUGGUCGCCUUUGCACGAAAACGAGACCCUCGCUACAAGGCUACGGUCCAGAGCGAGGCUGAUCGCCAAAAGAUCCUCCGUGACUCUGCGGCCGCCCAGGCUGCCCGGUCUCGCCAGGCUAACGAGGCCAAACUAAGGGACUUUACACUUCCCGAAUGGGCCCAGGCGGAAGAGGUCGAGGAUGAGUUCCCCAGCGAAUCCGAGUCGGAGCAGAAUCACUUUGAAUGCGUGAUAUGUAAUAAGAAUUUCAAGAGCGAGAAGCAGUUUGAAGCCCAUGAGCGGAGCAAGAAGCAUGUCAAAGCGCUGAAGCAGCUGCAGCGCGAGAUGCAGAUUGAGGACAGGCAUCUUAACCUAGACGCGGUAGAGCCCGGGGAGAUCGAGCCAAUGUCCGAUGACGCUGAUGAAAAUGAGCUGACAGGGUCACAGACCCCAGUAUCAGAACAGGAACUACCAGCACCGGAACCCGCUGACGGUUCAGACGAGGGUGUGUCUAAUGCAAACCAACCGGGUGAUGCAGGUACGGAAGAUCCCGAUGACGAGGAGGUUGACGAAGAAGAGAUCCGAAAACACGUACUGGGAGACCACCCUGACACGGACUCUGUCACGGAGAAGCUAUCUUCUCUCUCCACGGCUCAACCAGACGAGGACGACUCAGCCCCCGUCAAGAAACCAGGCAAGGCGAAGCAGAAGCGCGCCAAAAAGGCAGCAGCAGCAGCCGAGACAGCGGCUGAGCAGUUUGUCUGCGCCGUUUGCCGCGAGUCCUUUACAUCCAGAAGUAAACUGUUCACCCAUCUAAGGGAACUAGACCAUGCUCAGCCCCCGACGGCCCAGAAACAGCAGUCUUCGAAGAAGAAGAGGAAGUGA